UCUUUGGAUGUUUUAUGCGAAAAAAAUCCUAUCUUUUUGUUGUUUUUUCAGAUGGGAUUUUGAGCUUGCUCUGAGAUCUGUCUGUGCAAGCUAUUGCUUUUCUUCAUAGUUUGACGAUUUGUUUGUAUUGGUAUGGGGUGUUUGGUAAUUUUCCCUUAUUGCUGCUGAUAUAGGGUGUUUGGUAACAUUGGUUCAUUUUUUAGAGAAUGCAAAAUUUUCAAGGUUUGGUGUGAAAUUCUUGAAGUAGACGUUUGUUAAAUGAAUAGUAAUUAAUGCAAUCUCAUUGGUGUGUUUAGCCCAAAGGGCUAAGGGUCUACAGCCUCUCUUCUUAAUCUCUUUUCCCCUCUCUAUAUUCUUUGCCUCUUUAUUGAGUGGCUGGAUUUCAUCUUUUUGUAUAUCACCUAUGAUAUGUGAUGUGUACUUGUUUGGAAGCUUUUCAACUCAAAUCUAUUUAUUGCUGCUUUUUGUUGUAUAUCUACAUUUUAUCUCUCUUGUUUUAGAUCUUCAGUUUUGCUAAGUCUCAACGAUGGAGGAGGAAAUCUCAUGGGUUAGUCAUUGUAUUGACAAUGUCGACAGUGGCACUGUGGGAUUUGAUUCAUUCUCGGAUCUCAAUGAAGAAACCGACAGGGACGUUAAUGCGGUUUCUAUGGAUCUAGUUCUUCCCGAUGAUCUACUGGAACGGAUAUUAUCCUGUCUCCCUAUUGCUAGCAUCUUCAGGGCGGGUUGCGUGUGCAAAAGAUGGCACGAGAUAGUGACAUCAAAGAGGUUUCUUUGGAACAAUUCUCAUGCAUUGUUACACAAGCCUUGGUACUUCAUGUUCACGAGCUCUGACGAACCAAUUGGUUAUGCAUACGACCCCAUUCUCCGAAAGUGGUAUGGUAUCGACCUCCCCUGCAUUGAGAAAUCCAACUGGUUCGUUGCUUCAUCAAGCGGACUAGUUUGCUUCAUGGACAAUGAUAGCAGGAGCGAGCUGUAUGUAUGCAACCCGAUCACCAAAUGUUGCAAGGGGCUUGAUGAGCCUCCUGGCCCUAAAUUUCCAGACUACAGUGCUUUAUCGGUCUCUGUCAACAGAGUGACUCAAAGUUACAACGUAUCGAUUGUCAAAUCCAAGCAGGUCCCUGAGAACUUCGUGCAGUGGGAUCUCUCCAUCCAUCUCUACGAUUCAGAAACGAGGGAGUGGCUGACGGAUCUGACAGAGGUUUUAACAGGGUGGAGAGCCGGUGACGAGAGUGUGAUAUGUGACGGGGUAUUAUACUUCUUGAUCUACUCCACCGGAGGCGGUGGUCCCGACAACCGCCAUGGCCUUAUCAUGUAUAACCUCAGAAGCCGGUCGCCUUAUGGCCUCCUAAUGAGGAGUUUCAUCCCAGUGCCGUGUUCUCUCACAUGCGGCCGCUUGAUGAACCUGAACGAAAAGCUCGUGAUGGUUGGAGGCAUCGGAAAGCACGAUCGCCCGGGCAUCAUUAAAGGUAUCGGGAUCUGGCUUCUGACAGGGAGAGAGUGGCAGGAGAUAGCCCGGAUGCCCCAUAAAUACUUCCAAGGCUUUGGGGAGUUAGACGACGUCUUUGCCAGCAGUGGGACGGGCGAUCUCGUAUACAUUCAGAGUUACGGGGCGCCCACGCUUCUUGUCUUCGAUUUCAACCAGAAGCAGUGGAAGUGGUCUCAGAAAUGCCCUGUGAUCAAGAGGUUCCCCCUUCAGCUCUUCACCGGCUUCUGCUUCGAACCAAGACUUGAAAUCGCGCCCUAAUCGAUAUCUAAUCCAAUUCGACAUGAAGCAGCCAUUGUUUCUGUAAGUUCAAAAUAUGCUUAGGUGAAUGCUAUGUUUAAAAUGUCCAUGCCAAGAUCAUUAUUCUUUACAUUCACAGAUAUUGAAUUCACAAUUGGUGAAAAUGUCAACAUUAUUGUCUGUAUUUUUUUUCCACUGCUGCUGUCCUUAAUCUAGAUUGAAGAAUGAUCUGUUUUCA